AUGCUUGAUUUGGCGCACUCUGCGCAACCGUUGCCGGAAAUAGACGCUGCAGCACCGCAUGUCCCGUUCAUGCUGUUUGAACGCCACGUGAACAGUGAUGCUGCAACCAAACGCACAUCGUACCCAGAGUCGGUGCUAACAGCUGUUGCUGCCCCUCCUUCGCCUUCUGCUUCUGAUGUUGUGUGCUCCGUAGGCUCAUUGUCGCUGCGCGGAUGCUUGGACCUGCUGGUGAAGGUGCAGAAAAGCCAAUCGGAAAGUGUGACGAUGCUCGCGUCUCUUCGUGAGCGCCUCUUCCCCACAGCCGCAUCGGUGUCCACACGUGACGGCCCACUGCCACGUGCUGUGGUGGCGUUCGACGAGGUGGAUCAUGAGACGAUACGGCUGCGGAUUCUGGAGGUGAAGCACGCGGGUCUCCGCCCAAAGCUGUCAGAAGCGAUUGAAAGUGUGAUGCUGCCGUUCCACACCUUCUUCCGAAAGGAGUCAAAUAGAAGCACAGGCGACACGGGGGGGCCGCUGCGGGAAUCAUGCAGUCGAGUCUUGUCUCUGCAGGAACAGUUCAUGGGCCUCGCACAGUUGCAGGAGGAGGCCAUGCAGUCAUUGGGAGCACAGUUGUCGCGUCUUUUUUUGCAGCCGGAUGGUGGUACCGCUCUUUACUACUACCCUUCUCCUCUGUCUGUUGAGGAGAGUGACGAGGUGCACACGCCACGCGAGCGCAACACUCAUGCAGAAGUGCUGCAUUUUCUGCAGCAGCUGGAGGAUGUGAUGGCGAGUAAGCAACACAUUGUAGUGUGCCUGGCAAUGGCACUGCGGGAUAUCUACGAUCCUGCAGCCCCAGUUCCCACUACUACUACUACUACUACUACUACAAAUACUAUUAGUUCUGAUGGUGCUACAUACAACUUCGCAGAUCGGGGCCGAUCUUCUUCGUUUGGGCGGGAAGAUGCCACAUCUUCACGUGUGUCCGUGUCCGUGUCGCCAAUGAGCACCCUGCGUCCCUCGUGCUCGGCCCCACGCGAGGAGUCACUGCGAACUGCAGCAAAAAUGACAAUAACAGACUGCAACGCGUCGGUGACAGCGCACCUGUUGCCGGCAGGUCUUGUGCAGGAGUGUCACCGCGAUAGUGAGUCGGGUGUGGAGAUACCCGUCGUCGAUGAUUCACCGUCGCCCACGAUACAUGUGUGUGAGAGGACGAGGACAACAACAGGUGCUGCCGCGCCUGGUGAUAGCAGCAGCAGCAGCCGCAGCAGCUCCAGGAAGGCGGAGGUGCAGCCGCCUGUUGAGCCGCGGCCAUUGCGCGAGCGUGUCGCUGUCCCGGAGAGCGAUAUUCCGCGGUCACCGUCGUGGUGUGAGAACAGCGGUGGGGAGACGGGCGCUGCCCUUGACGCCUCCCCACCCCCGCCGCUCGCAAGGUGCCUGGAAGAACAAUCGGUAGGGUUUCUGCCAUCCACAAAGGUGAACAACCAGCCUCAAAGGCGGCGGCAGAUUAGUGAAAAGGAGGCGGACGCCGCUUCAAACUCGCCGUCAAUCGAAGAGGUGGACCUUCACUCCGACGACCAAACGCAGCGGAGAAAUAGACGGGGGGAGCGUGAUGUGGAUCUCCUCGCCCAGAAUGCGCGGCUGUGUAAGAUGCUUGAGACAAAAGACAGCCUUAUUCUGAGUAUGCAGGAGCGCAUCCUCGGAGCGGUGCCACUGCUCAUUGAGAGGGCGGAGAAGAGCAGUCGAAGCAACAGUAGCACAAGUAGCAGCAGCAGCAACAACAAAAACUGCGGCUUCUGUGAUCGUCGCUCUUCGUGCCAGCGGGAGUUGAGCGACGAUGUGCCACCGUCACGCGGUGACUCCGCGUCCACGUGGGAGGGAGAGCAGCACAACCGUGAUGGGCCCCACACAGGGCGACGUGACGCACUGAAGGAGGUCGAGCAGCUGAAGAAGAAACUGGCUGCCCACGUUGAGGAAAACAAACGACUGCUUGCCGCCCUGAGUGAGCUCAAGGAUGAAAAGCAGCGGUGGAAGCAUGCUGCGCGGGAGCUGAAGGACGACAAUAAGGUGUGGAGGGACAAGGAAAAGGCUGCGAGGGCGCGCUGCGAGCAGCUAGAGGACUCUGUCUUCGCUUUGAAGAAGCGGCUCUUGACGGUGGAGGGUACACUUAUGCUGCGAAGUGCGGCAUCACCGCCCGCGCAGAAUCGCGACGCAGCCCUCUUAUGCACAUCCUCGGGCUUCCACAACAGCAGAAAUAGCAACACCAACGACAGCAGCGCUAGUGCCAGUGCUGGGGCUGCUGGAUGUGGAAGUUCCCCACAACAUGACGAGGAGGGCGCCUCAUCGCCGAUGCGCAGCCGCAGCCGAACACGGCCACCAUCUGCACACGAUAAAGCGGUGGAUUAUCCGUCUUCUGUAUCCUUGCAGCAGAAGCGAAAACAACUGCUUGCCAAACUCGGCAAGCGGUUCGAGGACGAACCGAGACCACUGACCAAUUCACAAACUGUUGCGUAUGACGAGGAUGCAGUUGUGGAAGUGUCGCCGCUGACAGAGGAGCGCGUUCAACGGAGUGGCGCUGCAGCAACGGACACAACCGCAGUGACGAUGAUUAUGACGGCGGCGAAGACAGGAGAAGCGGCAGCAACGCCGUCGCCAGCUGCAGUUCGAAUUGAUAGACGCUUGUCGCCCGAAUACCGAUCGCUGCAGCCAGAGUGUGUUUCAUCCGUCAAUCCCAGCUUCUGCAACAACAGCAGUUGCACUGAUGGGACAGGAAAUGCGCAGCUAUCAACGAAAGACGUGAACCGCAUCCUUGCGGGCGCACGCAGUCUGCUGAGGUCCAUCAGCUCCACGAGAAGAGAACACUGCAGCGGGACGCGUGCGGCGGGGAAUUCCUCCGACUCAGAUUUGUCCGACUACAGCUCUUCUGAUGACGACAACAAGAGUGAUGAUCGCUUUGCUGCAGUAGCAGCGAAGAAUCCCGUGCUUCCGCUUCGAGGCUCCAUUUCUCCACUGAACGGUGCAACUUCACCGUGCUCCUCCGUCAGCUACUCCUCGGCGAAAAAGCGGGCGAAGCGGCUACGCCACGCGGAGAAGAGCGACCCGCCAGGCGCGGGUGCGGCGGCCAAAAGCAAGACGUCACCACCACCACCACCACCACUACGACAGGCGGGUGCGAAGAAGAUGUCAACAUCAUCACCGCCGCGGAUGCAGCAGUCAGCUGACCCGCGGCCGCCAACAGCACGUGAGGCACUCAUGCGAGAGCUGCGGGAUCAGCUCCAAGUGCUGCAGCUUCAGCACGCAGCUGUGCUCCAGCAAGAGGAGCAGUUGCAGUUGAAGCGGGAACAGGUGACUGCGGCGGUUCAGCAACGGCGUGGCGUCGAAAAGGAUGCUAGCGCGCAAAAUGAUCUUCUUUCCUUCCUGAGGCGAUUCGAUGUGACGCAAGCAAAGAUACACAAGAACGAGGCCCGACUUCGCGAGUACAUAGAGAUUGUGAGGCAGCAGCUGAAGACACUGGAGGAUGACCUGCUGUGA